CGGAGCGGGGAGGGCGUGCUGCCGCAGCUGGACCGACCGGGACCAGAGCCGCACGACGGGCCUGCAGACGCUGAUAGAACUGUGUGAACCAGAGGGACUGGUCCGGUUUUCAAUCCAACAUGAGGGACUACUCGGCCACUCCGAGCAACGGAGGCGCCUGCAUGCCGUGUUGCCAAGUUUGCGUCUUCGCCUUUACCGCAUUUCUCAUCGUUGCGGAGAGGACGGCGCUGAUCUACUGCUUUGUGUACUAUCUGUGGGUGGGUCACAACUACUGCUACGCCCAUCUUGCCGGCUUCACUGCACUGUUCCUGCUGCCAGGUUGGGGUCCCCAGUGGCUCAGUUAUCUGUGGUAUCUGUCAGAUGGACGAAUCCGCAGGAAGUCUCUCACCUGGACACACAUUCUGCACCUGGGUCUCUUCAAAAGACUGUGGGAGUGUAUGCGUCUGCCGGAUGAGGAUGUGUACGGUGAGAUCAUGCAGCAGGCUGAUGCAUCUGCCUUACGGCUGUUCGAGGCCUUGGUGGUCACCCUCCCCCAGACGCUGCUCCAGACUUAUGUGCUCAUCUGUACUGAUAUAGGAAUCAAAUCUCCAGCCUCAGUGUGUUUUGUGGUGUGUUUGUUGUCUCUGGCCUGGGCCUUGGUCCUCUAUGCGAGAGCUUGUUCACUCAUCCGACCAGGACACUUACACAUGACCCCUGCUGCCAUUCUGUGCCGACUGCUCUGGAGGGUCGGUAUGUUGGGAUCCAGGUUUGCUGUUCUCAUGCUCUUCACACGGAUCUUCAAACAGUGGAUCCUGGGAGUCAUCGGUGUGCACUGGCUCGGUGCAACUUUCUGGAUGGUGUCUCAGCAGACUGACAUCAUACGAUCAACUAGUCGAUGGAGACUCUUCAACCUUGUUCUGGGAGCCAUUCACAUCUUUCUGUUCCUCAAUGUGAAGUACGGUCAAUCCAGAUACCGCAUGGCUGGCUUCUAUCUGGCCAUGUUCAUAGAAAAUGCUUUUCUUCUUCUGGCCUCCUCCUGGUUGUUCACCAUGGUGUCCUGGGACACUGUGGGCAUCCCUGCUGCAGUGUUCUGCAGUUUCCUCAUUGGACUGAUAGCUUUGGUGCUGUACUAUCGUUUCCUGCAUCCAAAGUCUUUUGAGAUCUUCCAGAGUAUUCGUCACAGAGGGAUCGGUGGAGCCUGCAUGGAGCGGGGAUCUACACUCUCAUUGGAAGAGAAAGUCACGCCCACUUUCCAUCGCCAUGCAACGCUGUCUGGAGGCGGGACCCUCAUGGACCUUCCUAUCCAAUGGGAGGGCUGGAAGCAUCACCACUGGCUGCUGAUCCGCUUGGCUCUGAAGACGGGAGAUGUUUCAACCAUCUGGUCUGCCUAUGGUGAAGGGGGACUGGCCGGACUGAUGGGUCUGUCUGAAGAAGUUCACUCCCCUGACGAGCCUCAUUACCCUCGGGUUCCAAUUGUUCCGCCGCAGGUUCCUCAGAUCUCAGCUCCUCAACCAGCUCCUGCAGCAGCUCCACCACAGGUGACCCAGACUCCACAGGUUAGCGAGGCAGCACCGCCACCAAAACCGCCUCUGACCAGCGCAGUGGCCCGACCGGUGAGGAAAGCUCCUCCCACAACCAUCCAGGAUAUGAGAAGGUUUCCAGAGAUCAUCCCAGUGCAGGAGGUCAUUCUUGAGGAGACCGCAGAAGAAGAUUCCAGCGCUGCACCAUCAGAGGACAAAGGUGAUGAGGAGUUUCAGAGCGCUGCUUACGGCUCGCCAACACUUUCGUCUCCUCAGCAAGCAGGAAGCCUCCAUCACAUCGACAGCAACGCAGUGACGCUGACUGAGGCGUCCUCCGUAGGUUCUCUGGACAUUAAGACACCUGGCUGGUCACCUGAGCGGCGUUCCCCUCUCCUGAUUGGUUCCCCAGAGAAAAAAUCUGCGGUCCCUGGAGAAUCCAGCACUACACUGUAUUUCAGUGCAGAUGCACAGUCGCCCUCCAGUGGCAGCUAUCUCGGCUGGGGCUCUGAGUUAUCACCCAUCUCCACCUACCGAAGUCCCUACAGGAUCAGGGAGGCACGUUUUGUCACAUCCACCCCGCGGCUGGAGCCUCGAGCUGGGGCUGAAAGUCCAGGCCUGGCCCCUGUUGUCGUCAUCCCUGCCACUCCUGGCACAACACCAGGUACGACCCCAGGUGGGACCCCGGGUGGGACCCCUGGUGCCUCAACUCCUGCGGCUUCGACUCCUGCAGCUUCGACUCCUGCAGGCUCGAAUACUGCAGCUUCAACCCCUGCAGCUUCUAAUACUGCAGCUUCGACUCCAGGUGCUUCAACCCCUGGUGCUACUACGCCUGGUACUCAAGUGAUUCCUCUCACUCCAGUCAUCUCCCACGCUCGCAAACAGAUGGUCCAGUUUGUGGACAGUAAAGAGAGGGCGGUCUAAGGUGGGUGAUGAUACAGGGGAAGGAAAAUCCUGGGUGGGGAAUGAGGUCUUUUUCAGUUUAGCUCUUCAGGAUAUACAUGAAUUCAUGCAUUAACUAACUUGGGGAGGACUUGGUGGGGAGUUGGGGGUGUUUUCAGCUGAUGUGAAAGUUGUGAAAGCAUAUAAAUAUAAAUUACUGUUUAUGUUUUUCCCCUUGUGUGCAGAUGUAGCGGAAAAAAUAGCUGAAAAUGGAGUAUAAAAGGCUGACAACUUUGUGACAUUACUUUAAUUCUUAAUAACAAACCCUUGGUUUUUCCAGUCCUUCUAUCCUAAACACUCAGUAGUGUUUGCCAGCUGGUGAUGAAUAAUGUCGCUGCAGUAGCAUCUCUGGUUGCUUGGAGCAGCUGCAUGGACGAUGGUUGUAGAGUAUGAUCCUCCUCACAUGUGAUGCUGCCUGCCAGGUCAAUAACAAGGUCAAUUCAUACACUGUAUAUUCCUGUGCAAGCAAUCAGAGCAGUUUGCAGCAACAAACACUGCUUUACAUGAGAACUGUCUGAUCCAAAUUCGGGUAAAAUGGGGGAUGGGGUCAGUUGAAACUUAUAUAUUAUAUUUAACUUGUGUUUUUCAGUAAUUACCGGUUGCUGAGAAAAAUAGAAAAUUUGACUUAACAGAAAAUUAAAGAAAAACAGAAUUUAACUGGUGCUAAUGAAUGUGAAGCUUCCCUUUCAUUAAUUUAGAAAAUAACAAAGAAAACUUAAAGCAGCUAAGUCUUCAGUCAGCCGAGGUCACAUUGGAUAAAAUUUAAGAGAAAACAAAUGAAUUUAAAUAAUCAUCAUUAGUACAAUGACAUUUUAAAUAUGAUGGUUCAAAUUACAAAGCUUAAGCAAUCAUAAAGUUAAGACAACGUUAUUAAACUGCUAGUUGGAUCCCAUUAAUCAGGAAAUUACAAAACAACUAGUUUACAGUAACCGAACAUGCUGACUGCCAGGCUGCUGUGUAGAAUUUCAUAUAAUGUCAUCAAUACGAGUCUUUUCUCUCUCUUUUUAAGUUCAUCUCUUACAUGGACACAGAGAAUUUGUAAUAAAAUAUUUAAGUAAUGCAUACUAAGUCAAUCCAAGCUAACAUUCAAAGCUUUUGAUUUUAUUCUGCUUGGAAAUUCUUAUUCUCAUUUUUAAAAACCUUUAGAUGAUGUUGAACAUCCCGUCCAGUUUUCAGGAAGCCACUCAUUUAUCCAAUUAGUCAGUGACUCGCUGUAUUUACUGUAUUUACUGUGCAGUACACAGUUGGUGUUUACACACAUCACUGUCAUACAUAAAGAAACAGGUCAGAAUUUACCAUCUGUCAAACAGUAAAAUCUGUUAGCUGAACAAUCUGUCCUUGUUUUAAUGAAACUAUCAGACAGGCAAAUGACAAAAAGUAAAGGUUUCAACUAAAAUAUGAAUAUUAGUAAUAGUAAAUAUUGCUAAUUUACUUUAAUCGCAAUAAUUUCAAUCAUUGAGCACUUUAGAACACAACAGAAAAGGUACAACUUAUGUUAAUUGCUAGCAGGCAAAUUAGCUGUAGCAUGAUAUUUUGCAAACUACAUUAUGGAUAUGAUGAAGGAAGCUGUCAAAGGGAAAUUAAGCAAUACAGAAUAUUAAGGGAUAUCAGCUCAUGUUUCUGUUAUUUUAUGUAUUUCAUUUUAUUUACCUAUUUUUUGUAAUGUGUAUUUGAUAUCAAAACAUACAUUUUAUGUGUUUAUUAUUAGUUUAUAAGCUGCAAUAAUUCUCUAAAUUUAUAAAGAAAUAGAAAAAAAUUCAUAAUUUAGACAAUGUAUCUCACACAUUUGCUUGAUUUUUUUUUUUUUUUUUAAUAUGCUUUUUCUAAUGUUUGGGUCCCAAAAUAAUGACAAACAAGAACAAAAGGUAACUUAAGAGGCACGGAAAAGAUAAAGUCCAUCCAAAUAACUCUGCAGGGCAUAAUCAAUUAUUGUACACGUCUCUAACAGACAGAAUGUAGGGUCACUGACAAUCACUUCUUGCUUCAAUGUUUAACUAAUGAAAGAAGGUAAAAUGUCUGACUGAUGAUAAGCUGUUAUGUAUGAUACAUGAGUCUGACCUGCAGAAAUAUCGUUCAGUUCUGUGCUUUCUCAAUGUGAAUUACAGACACUACAGAAGUGUAUAUGCUGGGAUGGGAGUUAAUCCAGCUCACAGCAAGAUGCUUUUUUGUGACCAAGCAAACUCCAGAUGAAAAAACAAUUGCACGUUUUAAAUUUGUAUUAGAUAUCUUACAUCACUACAUACUGAUUGAAAAAUGUAAAAUGUCAGAACAUAUUUGGUCUUCGGGUGUGCUGUUCACAGAAAUACAUGAGACAUUAGAGCCCUCAGAAAUAAAUAGAAAUGGUUCACAGACUUGUCAGCUGGGACAUAAAUUCAAAUUUGCGAAAACGCUGAAACUAGUUUGCAAGUUAUUCAGCAUUUCUUGAGUUGGGAAAAUAAAAUUUGACCUAACUAAGCAGCUGUACAACUCCUGUAAAGUCCAAUAUUCACAGAUGUGUGUUGUCCCACAGCUCAUCCCUGAGUUGAACCUUCUACCUCAAUAUAACUGAAUUUCCAUGCGGCAAAAACUUUUUUCUUUUUUUUUUUGAGAGCAUGUACUUUCUCUCUCUGUGACUGAAAAAAAAGCAUUUUAUGUCUUUAAACAUUUUAAUAAUGUAGCUACCAGAAGGAGAAAAGCUAAUUAAAGGUCAGAGUUUAAAUAAAGGUUGAAAUGGUGUGCUGCUAGUACCGAGGAAUGAUAUGAAUACCGUUUAUUUAGAUAUGGAAAUGUAUUUAUAAUCAUAGAAUGUGGUACUUGACAAUAUCAGUCUUCCAUGUGAAUCUGUCUGAUUUUCUAUUUACUUUUACUAUGCUAGACAAUUUUACUUUAUCUCUUUCUUUCUAAUGAGAAUACUGUAUCUGAAUAACUGUAAAAUAGUAACUGUAGGAUCAGUGUCUGUAAUGAGCAGGUAGAUGGUUGUGCAGCUCAUGUUUGAAGGUGAGAAAGAUGAGCAGCACUUUGAGAAUAUACCGUAAAUUGGGGCUUACGGAGCAAAAUACAGAGUUAAACUUGCUUUUGGCAGAACUGCUUCAUCAAACGGUGUCAAACUGAUCUCCAUGUACUGCAGCCUGCUGAUAGAUAAAAGAGUCACUGCAUGUUACUCAUCCAUACAGGCAGCCAGAGGGUUGUACCUCCUCCCAUAGAGAAAGAAAGCACUUACUUUAACUACACAUGCACAUUACAGUAGUUACCGCACAUGCUUGAAUGUAUGUGUAUGCAACAGCAAUAAGCCAGCAAAUGAAAUGUGUCUCAGUGCACUGAUGUAAAAUAUCUACGCUUUGGACUGCAACGAUGCCUUGGCCUUGGCUUGAUCAUCACAAAUCUGCGCUUUGCCUUGUAGAGAGACGGCUUCUGCUGUCACGCUUGUCUCUUGUGUGUAUUGCUUUCUAAUAGAACACUACACCUUGCUUCAUGUACCUGGUGUAUAUGGUGAUACGUACCUGUGUUGAUAAUUUGACUCUUUUUGUAUUUUUUUAAACGCUCUUCUUUUAUAUUUGAUCACAUUUACUGUUCUGAAAUAUGUGGACAAGGUUUUGUGUUAAAGUUUCACGUGUGAAGCCGUUUAGAGAACGGAUAGUUUUCAUUGACAGACUUGAAACAGCUGAUUGCUGAUUGAGUGUAACUUCACCACAGUCACUGGACGGCCUCCGUUCAUCAACAUGCGUCACCUUUAUCUCUGCAAGGAUUUCCACAGAGCAGCUGUGGGUGAUAGUCGUGACUCAUUAAGUGUGCUAUUGAUGUGGCAAAAUAAAGUCAUUAAUCAUGAUCAAAGCCCAGAGUGAUCUGUUGGUGCUUUGAUUCAUUUACCUUCAGUGAUGUUACAACCUUAAUAACCUGGCUUGUAAAUCAACAUCACAAUGUAGUGGAUUCAUCUGCUGGAGGGGCUCAGGGAUUAAACCACAUUUCUCCCACUCUUCUGUACACUGUGUUCCUGCUCCUCAUGUUGACUGUACAGACAUGUUUAUUAAAGGCAAAUUAUAAUUGAA